UAUAUAUCUGUGACAACAACUCGAUAUCUUUAACUAAGUGUAAUUUUUUAUUUUCUAAUUGUGUUUUAAGCAAUUUGUACCUUAAAGCUUGUAUCAACUAAUUUUAAAAAUAAUUCUGAUAACUAUUCCAUAGAAUUGUCUUAUCUUUGUUCGUGACAAGCUCUAGUUAUUUAAUUAUUUGAGUUAGAUAAACUAUAUUUUCUUCAUACUCAAUAGUUGUAUUCACAUGAUCACGUGUAUCAAACAUGUCGUAUUCUACUUUAAAAAAAGCCUUACAGUUAUUCGAUGAAUCAGCUGAUAGUAAAAAUUCCAUAUUAAAUAGAACAACUAAAAAAAAGAAAAGUAAAACUCAACAAGCUAAAAGUGUGUUUAAAGUACCAAUUUUUAUGAAAUCUGAUGCCAAUAAAUCAGUUCAAAAAAUUAAGGAACAAAUAAAAAAUGACAAAGAAUUGAAUUUGGUGCAAAUAAAUUUGGAACGAUUACAUAAAUUAAAUAAGACCAGUUAUGUAAAUAACAUUGCCUCUACUAUAAUCAAGAAACGAUUAGAAUCACCUGAAACAAUCAAUACUAAAAAAGAAGAUAGUACUGUAUUUACUGACGAAGAUUUUGAAAAAUUUGAACGUGAAUAUUUUCAAAAUUAAUGGAUGAUGCUACUAUUGGAAAAUAU